GUAAGGUUUUACCACCGGUAAAACGUUUAGUUGCGACCAAUAGGUCCGUUCGGAAGGAGCGGCUCUCGUUGUCCUCUCAUUACCAACAUGUUCGGUUUUAAAAAAAGAACAAUCAUCGGACUGAUAGUGGGACUGUGCAUAGUAGUUGGAAUAAUCAUAGCUGUGGUGAUACUGACGAGAAAAGGUGACAAACAUGAUUGGGAGAAUAAAUUCGUGAGCGAAUCAAUUUUGGGAGAAUAUCAGAGGGCUGCGGUCGUGACGAAUGGACUCGAGUGCUCAGAAAUAGGUGUUGAAUUCCUGAAGAAGAAUGGAUCAGCAAUGGAUGCUGCAAUUGCUGCACUCCUGUGCGAGGGUGUCACAUCUUCCCACAGUAUGGGAAUUGGUGGAGGAUUUUUGAUGACAAUUUGGGACGCGGAAAAAAAUGAAUCUGUUUUCCUCGAUGCCAGGGAAACAGCACCUGCUGCUGCCCACGAAAACAUGUUCAAGGGAAAUGCAUCACUCUCAUUUUUCGGUGGAUUGGCUAUCGCAGUUCCUGGAGAACUUGCAGGAUAUUGGGAAGCUCAUCAGAAAUACGGAAAACUUCCUUGGAAGGAUUUAUUUGAACCGACAAUUGCUCUGUGCUCCGAGGGAGUCGUUAUCAAUGAAUAUCUCGCCUCUCAUUUGAAGAGUAAAGAGCAUCUGAUAUUGGAACAGCCGAGUCUAGCCGAAAUCCUCAUCAAUCCAAAAACCGGCAGGACCUGGACGGUUGGAGACAGAUUCUACAGACCGAAAUUAAACACAACGCUGAAGUUGAUAGCAGAACAGGGUCCCAGCAUUUUUUACAACGGUUCAAUAGGGGAACAGAUCAUCAAAGAUAUUGAGGACUUCGGGGGAAUCAUGACGAUGGAUGAUCUGAGAAAUUACGAGCCAAAAUGGAAAACCCCAACCAGAGCAACAAUCGGAGACAUGACAAUUCUCUCGGCACCGCCUCCUGGUUCCGGAUUAAUCCUGUCCUUCAUCCUGAACGUCCUCGAAGGAUUAGUUCCAACUCCGAGCGAGGGAGACUUCUGGCAGCGAAUAGUGGAGGCCUUCAAGUGGGGAUACGCCAGGAGAACACAACUAGGAGAUGACGCCUUCGAGGAUCUAAGUGAAAUAAAGGCAAAUCUCUCAUCUAAAAGAUACAUAGAGGAAAUCAGAAGUAAAAUAAAGGACGACUGGACCAGCACUCACCCAAAAUACUACGGAGUAGACGUAGCCGUUCCCAACGACUCCGGUACUUCCCACGUGUCUGUCCUAGCUCCUGAUGGAUCAGCAGUGUCUGUUACAUCAACAAUAAACCAAGUAUUUGGGGCAAUGAGACGAUCGGUGUCAACUGGAAUAAUCUUCAAUGAUGAGAUGGAUGAUUUCAGUACUCCGGGGAUGUCAAAUGGCUUCGGCCUUCCACCAUCUCCGAAGAAUUUUAUCAAACCUGGAAAAAGGCCCAUGAGUUCGAUGGUACCCACGAUAGUGAUAAAUUCUAAGAAUGAAGUGCAGAUGGUCAUUGGAGCUGCUGGAGGCUCAAAAAUUCCCAGUGCAGUGGCUCUUUCGAUGAUUCUGAAUCUCUGGACAGGAUACAACGUGAAGGAGGCUGUGGAUGCUCAACGUCUUCAUCAUCAGGUCCUACCCAUGAGGAUUGAUGUCGAGAAGGGCUUCUCACAGCCUUUACUCAGGCACAUGAUCGAAAUUGGUCACAAUACCUCAUACUUCAGGGGAAUUGGAAGUGCAGUCUGUGCCAUCUCGAAGAUCAACGCCAAGGGAAUAUCCGCUAACUCGGAUUAUCGUCGACAAGGAGGUGUUGCUGGAUAUUAAAACUGUAGAUAACAAUUUAUUAUUCAUUCACUCAGUGGAGGACUGAAUGGAACCCCAACAACAAUCGAGAAUAACUCGAAAUCCCCAGAUUGGAAUUCAACGAUUUUUCAUUCAUUUUGAAGAUCUGAUUUUGAGGUAUAAAAUGAAAAAAAAAAUCAUUAGAUUCCAAUCGUCAGUUCUUGAGUUAUUGACCAUUGAAGACACUCCAUUUUGCCCUCUAGGAAAAAAUUCCAUAGAAAAACAUUGUCCCUUAAUUUCUUCCAAGAAAUUAUUAUUUUUUAUUGAAAUCCCAAGUAUUUCACGAGUUCAAUACAAUUUUCUCGUCCUUCCACGAUUUUUCUACGAAUAAUUAGACAUAAAUCUCAUAACAAAAUUGCAAAAGAAUGAUUCAUCCAAAAGAAUUGAUAAAUAUUGACAUUUCCAAGUGGAAUUUCCCAGGAAUUUUGUACCCAAAGAUCCCAGAUUUCUCUGAGAAAUUCUUCCUCACCACGUCAUCCACGUGAAUCAUGUAAAGCGACGUAAAAUGUAAAUAUAUAAAAUUUUUUUAUUUA